AUGCACGGCAAAAUGACUACUCCUACUUUGAUCAACCUCCCUCCCCCUCCCUCUGAUCCGGUAACACCAUCUGAUAUGGGACCGGGAACACCCAACUCCACCACCACAUCUCUCUCUGCCCUGUCCACCACCGCCAUCAAGGACGGUCAUCAAGGGCAACCACUGGGCCACGGCCGCCAUGCGCACCAUUCUUCUUCCACAUCGGUGAGCUCAACCAACACCUUGGAAGCUGAGCGCGCCGAUCGCAUCUCCCGUCUGGCCGGUCUGGAGCGAGUCGCUACUGCACGAGCCGGCGGUGCAGGCCACCCAGCCACCGCACCGAGCUUGGCAUACACACCCGGCUACUUUGACAGCGGCACCGGUUUCAAGGAGAGAAGCACGGUUGGAAGCGCCAGCGCAACUGGCAGUGUCGGCGCCCGCACAACAUGGGCUAGCGGUAGUGAUGCCUUUGACGCAGAUAAGAUGAGCGAGGAUCCCGAUGAUGGCGUCUCCAGUGUCGGUAACAUUAGUGAUGAAGGGGAUGCCAGUCUAGUCGGCUUUGGUGAAGGGGCCAGCACCAUGAGUGGACCCAUCUCACAUCCGGGGAUCAAUCGAACGUCCAGCGGUCGACCAAGUUCAAUCGGAAGUCCAAGCCGCGGCCGAGCCAAUAAUCCCAUGACGUCCUACUCGCCGCAUUUUGGUGAGAGCGCUACGAUGCAGUCCACGAUGGCCGGGAGCGCAUCUGCAACUCCAGAGCCAACGCAUGAUGCCCGUAUGGUCGAUGGGAUGACCUACGAUCCUGACGUGGUAGAUACCACUGUCAGAACUCCACGGCUCGCUACUCCGGGUUACUCCGAGGACCCUCACAGUGAGCGCCAUUAA